GAGGAGGAGAGACGAGGGCAGCGGAGGAGGCGAGGAGCGCCGGGUACCGGGCCGGGGGAGCCGCGGGCUCUCGGGGAAGAGACGGAUGAUGAACAAGCUUUACAUCGGGAACCUGAGCCCCGCCGUCACCGCCGACGACCUCCGGCAGCUCUUCGGGGACAGGAAGCUGCCCCUGGCGGGACAGGUCCUGCUCAAGUCCGGCUACGCCUUCGUGGACUACCCCGACCAGAACUGGGCCAUCCGCGCCAUCGAGACCCUCUCGGGUAAAGUGGAAUUGCAUGGGAAAAUCAUGGAAGUUGAUUACUCAGUCUCUAAAAAGCUCAGGAGCAGGAAAAUUCAGAUCCGAAACAUCCCUCCUCACCUGCAGUGGGAGGUGCUGGAUGGACUUUUGGCCCAGUAUGGGACAGUGGAGAAUGUAGAACAAGUCAACACAGACACAGAAACUGCUGUUGUCAACGUCACAUAUGCAACAAGAGAAGAAGCAAAAAUAGCCAUCGAGAAGCUAAGCGGGCAUCAGUUUGAGAACUACUCCUUCAAGAUUUCCUACAUCCCGGAUGAAGAGGUGAGCUCCCCUUCGCCCCCACAGCGAGCCCAGCGUGGGGACCACUCUUCCCGGGAGCAAGGCCACGCCCCUGGGGGCUCUUCUCAGGCCAGACAGAUUGAUUUCCCGCUGCGGAUCCUGGUCCCCACCCAGUUUGUUGGUGCCAUCAUCGGAAAGGAGGGCUUGACCAUAAAGAACAUCACUAAGCAGACCCAGUCCCGGGUAGACAUCCAUAGAAAGGAGAACUCUGGGGCUGCAGAGAAGCCCGUCACCAUCCAUGCCACCCCAGAGGGGACCUCUGAAGCCUGCCGCAUGAUUCUUGAAAUCAUGCAGAAAGAGGCUGAUGAGACCAAAUUAGCCGAAGAGAUUCCUCUGAAGAUCUUGGCCCACAAUGGCUUAGUUGGAAGACUUAUUGGAAAAGAAGGCAGAAAUUUGAAGAAAAUUGAACAUGAGACAGGGACCAAGAUAACAAUCUCAUCCUUGCAGGAUUUGAGCAUAUACAACCCCGAAAGAACCAUCACUGUGAAGGGCACAGUCGAGGCCUGUGCCAAUGCAGAGGUAGAGAUUAUGAAGAAGCUCCGUGAGGCCUUUGAAAAUGAUAUGCUGGCUGUUAAUCAACAAGCCAAUCUGAUCCCGGGGUUGAACCUCAGCGCACUUGGCAUCUUUUCAACAGGACUGUCCGUGCUGCCUCCACCAACAGGGCCCCGAGGAGCUCCCCCCGCUCCCCCUUACCACCCUUUCGCUACUCACUCCGGAUACUUCUCCAGCUUGUACCCCCCUCACCAGUUUGGGCCGUUCCCGCAUCACCACUCCUACCCAGAGCAGGAGAUUGUGAAUCUCUUCAUCCCGACCCAGGCUGUAGGUGCCAUCAUUGGGAAGAAGGGGGCGCACAUUAAACAGCUGGCUCGAUUCGCUGGGGCCUCCAUCAAGAUUGCCCCGGCGGAAGGCCCAGAUGUCAGCGAAAGAAUGGUCAUCAUCACCGGCCCACCUGAAGCCCAGUUCAAGGCCCAGGGGCGGAUCUUUGGGAAACUGAAGGAAGAAAACUUCUUUAACCCCAAAGAAGAGGUGAAGCUGGAAGCGCACAUCAGAGUGCCCUCUUCUACAGCUGGCCGGGUGAUCGGCAAGGGCGGCAAAACCGUGAACGAACUGCAGAACUUAACCAGUGCAGAAGUCAUCGUGCCUCGUGACCAAACACCGGAUGAAAAUGAGGAAGUGAUCGUCAGAAUUAUCGGGCACUUCUUUGCUAGCCAGACUGCACAGCGCAAGAUCAGGGAAAUUGUACAACAGGUGAAGCAGCAGGAGCAGAAAUAUCCUCAGGGAGUCGCCUCACAGCGCAGCAAGUGAGGCUCCCACAGGCACCAGCAAAACAACGGAUGAAUGUAGCCCUUCCAACACCUGACAGAAUGAGACCAAACACAGCCAGCCAGCUCGGGAGCAAACCAAAGACCAUCCUGAGGAAUGAGAAGUCUGCGGAGGCACCGGGGACUCUGCAGAGGCCCUGAGAAUCCCAGGGGCCAGGAGGAUGGUGGGAGGUCAGACCGGGUGUCUGCCCGGCCUCCUGCCUCCCCCAGGGCCUCUGCAGGCUUCCCAGCCAUCCACUGCACCAUCCACUCGGAUCUCUCCUUACCUCCUACAACGCUAUCCCUUUUAGUUGAACUAACAUAGGUGAACGUGUUCAAAGCAAAGCAAAAUUCACACCCUUUUCUUUUUGUGGAAAUUGUCUCUGUACAUGUGUGUACAUAUUAGAAGGGAAAAGAUGUUAAGAUAUGUGGCCUGUGGGUUACACAGGGUGCCUGCAGCGUUAAUAUAUUUUAGAAAUAAUAUAUCAAAUAACUCAACUAACUCCAAGUUUUAAUCAAUUAUUAAUUUUUUUUUUCUUUUUAAAGAGAAAGCAGGCUUUUCUAGACUUUAAAGAAUCAAGUCGUUCUUUGGGAGGUCUAAUGGUUUAGUAAGGAGCUUCGAGACCACCCACACAAAUUCACCCGAGGGGAAUCUCGGAAGGACACUCACAGCAGUUCUGGACCACCUGUGUAUGUCAACAGAAGGGAUACCGUCUCUCUGAAGAGGAAACUCUGUCUCUCUUCAUCCCUGUCUAGCUCACACACCCAUUUCUCUUUGCUUCACAGGUUUUAAACUGGUUUUUUGCAUACUGCUAUAUAAUUCUCUGUCUCUCUCUGUUUAUCUCUCCCCUACCUUCUCUCCCUCCCCUUCUUUUCCAUCCCCAUUCUUUUUAAUUCCCUCAUCCCUCUUUCUCAAUUCCCAGUAUCUACGCACCCCCCAGGCAAAGCAGUGCUCUGAGUAUCACAUCACACAAAAGGAACAAAAGCGAAACACACAAACCAGCCUCAACUUACACUUGGUUACUCAAAAGAACAAGAGUCAAUGGUACUUGUCCUAGCAUUUUGGAAGAAGAAAACAGGAACCCAUCAAACCAACCAACCAAACAAAGAAAAAUUCCACAAAGAAAGAAUGUAUUUUGUCUUUUUACAUUUUGGUGUAUAAGCCAUCAAUAUUCAGCGAAAUGAUUUCUUUCUUUAAAAAAAAAAAAAAAAUGGAGGAAAAUAGCAAUUUACACGAGGUCGUUGGCCCAGGGCGUUAAAUUUACAGAUUUUUUUAAACGAGAAAAACACACAAAAAAAGCUACCUCAGGUGUUUUUUACCUCAGCACCUUGCUCUUGUGUUUCCCUUAGAGAUUUUGUAAAACUGAUAGUUGGAGCAUUUUUUUAUUUUUUUAAUAAAAAUGAGUUGGAAAAAAAAUAAGAUAUCAACUGCCAGCCUGGAGAAGGUGACAGUCCAAGUGUGCAACAGCUGUUCUGAAUUGUCUUCCGCUAGCCAAGAACCUAUAUGGCCUUCUUUUGGACAAACCUUGAAAAUGUUUAUUAAAAAACAAAAAAACAAAAAAAAAAAAGAUGACAAAGAAAAACAGAGAGAGAAAAUAUUGGAGAUGUCCUGAAUUUCAAUAGGGUACGCGCCAUUAGGGCUUUUUGCGCUAAAGGAUGAACAUGUACUGGUUUAUGUGAACAAGCCAUUUUACCACCAGACUGCAAUGCCAGUUUCCUCUACUGCAAACAGUGUUCUGUGACAAAAACAAAAAACAAAAACAAACAAACAAAAAAAAAAAUGAAAUAUAUCCAGCUAACAAGA